AUCAGAGAUAUAACAACAUUCAAACCAACGUUUAUGACUGAAGUUUUGACACUCGUGAAAAAGCAAGUGCAAAGUCGUUUGUGAGAUUAUGUGUGACAGGUGAUUAUUUCAAUGGUGUUGAAGUGUGGAUGGAUGUUGAAGUUGACGUUUAGCGAUCCAGGGAACAGUGAACAAAUGGUGUUAAGUGUAGGCCGAUCCUUCCAUAUAUAGCAUCGUGAGAUAGAUAGAUAACACAGGCUUCAUUUUAAGAGCCUUAUACAAACGGUCACAAUGACUGUUAUGGAAUUUUUUGGAUGUGCCUUCCUGGCCUUUGGUCCACCGCUUGCAAUGUUUACAUUUACAAUAGCCAAGGAUCCUAUUAGAAUUAUAAUUUUAAUUGCCAGCGCUUUUUUCUGGCUCCUGUCAUUACUGAUUUCGUCGUUAUGGUGGUUUAUAGUAGUUCCACUUAAAAGCAAGUUGGCGUUUGGGCUGGUUUUCUCAGUGUUUUUUCAAGAAAUCUUUAGGUUUCUUAUUUAUAAAUUGCUCCAGAAAGCUGAAGUGGGUUUGAAGAAAGUAACCGAUGCAGACACGCAGAUCACAAACAGCAAGCAUGUUUUGGCUUAUGUGUCUGGCAUGGGCUUUGGUGUAAUGAGUGGUGCAUUUUCAUUAGUAAAUGUACUGGCAGAUGCUGUUGGCCCAGCGACAAUGGGUCUCAAAGGUGGUUCUGACUUGUUCUUCAUAACAUCAGCAGCAUUCACACUUUGCAUGAUUCUCCUUCACACGUUUUGGGGAGUAAUAUUCUUCUCUGCUGCUGACAACAGGAAUUACCUACAAAUUGUGUGGGUUGUUGGCAGUCAUUUGACAGUUUCUUGCCUUACGCUGAUGAACAGCCAAAUGUGGUAUGCAGCUACUCUUAUACCAUCGUAUAUUAUUUUGUUGAUCAAUGGAAGCAUUGCAUUCAGUGUGGUUGGAGGAAGUUUAAGAAGUUUGGGAGCCAGCAUGUACUUAAAAGAACGAAGACAUAUUUCAGAAAAUGGACAAUCAUUAACAGUGGACUAAUACAGUUUUGCACGAUUAGGAGUAAAACCUGAAUUGAAGGAACUUGUUUAAACUUUUUUAAUUUAAGACUCUGCUGCCGAUUUAUUAAAAUUUGUGUACAUUUUAUAAAUAUUUAGUACAUCAAUUUUAUAUUGAAUGCUAGUGUUCUCUCCUUUAACUUAUCUUCAGAACCUCAAAAUCAAACUACCAUGUGGAUGUCAUGUCAUUUCAUGAUGUGAGAAAGAAAUCUGACUGCAUAAAUGUUGUGCACAGCUUAUAUUAGUGCCAUGAGAUUUUUUAAAAUUUGUUCUGCAGGAACAAAGACACGCAACCAUUCCAAAAAGCACAUGAAACAAAAUACCACUCAAUAAUUUUUACACUGUUUUAAAUUUGUGACUGAUAGACUUUAAAAAAAUCUGGAGACUGAUAUAGACCUGUAUCAGGUACAGCAGCUACAAUUUCAUUCAAAUUCUUGUGAAUCAGCUGUAUCUGCAUACUACUGUAAGUCUGUCUGAGGAUACGGCAUGUUGACAAUAAACAAUCCUUUUUUAUUUCAAAUUUCUUAUGUGGAGUGGUUCAUAAUUUGAUGAAUUUUUCAGUAGUAAUCUCAAAACUAAUGUGGUUUUCGUGCCCAUCUUUUAAAUCCCAUUCAUGCUGCACAGUUAAUUUCAGCGUAAUUAAUUGAUAGCUGAUCUUGUUUCAUAUCUUGUAUUUUUAUUAAGGGAAGCGGUGCAGUACUAUCACAGUUCAGAUAUUUCAAGACGAAUGCAGAUUUAUUCCCGAUAUAACCAUUCUAACUUCUGGCAAUUCUGUAAGCAGUUACAUAAUCCUUGAACAAAAGUGAAUUUUUUAUUUUUAUUUAUUUAUUUUUCAAGGUGUAAGCGUAUUUUCGAAAGUGAUUUCUCAGUUACUCUAGUACUUGAUAUGAAGGAAUAUACAUUCUUUUGACCAAGACACUUGCACAUAGGCUUUUGCCCACAGCCUUCGUCAGAAAGAGGAAAACACACACACACACACACACACACACACACACACACACACACACACACAAAA